AUGGCUCCAAAGAAGCAGAAGGAAAAGUCCCGCGCCAAUCUUGCUGACGAUGAAGCUUUGGAAUGGCUGAAACCACGCGUGCUUAUCAAGCCAGAAGAUCAAGAAAACGUACCAGAAGCUGAGCUUGAUGAAGAAGUCGGUCGAAUACUAACAACCAUUAAUCCACAAUGGGUGCCGGACGAAGUAGCUUUUCAUUAUGGACAGGGUCGAUUUGUAACUAAACCAAAACCUACAUUCGGCAAAGCUUAUCCCCUCUACGUUUAUCAAGGCACAGCCAUCCGCAAGGACUCAGAUGAAGCUAAAGCGCAAAUAGCUGCUGGUUAUGGUAUGGUCGGAUUCGAUGAUGCUGGACCGAAACGGGCGAAAGUGAAAAAAUCUGCCGCGGAGGAAGAAGAAGAAGAAGAACCUGAAGCUGAACCGACACCAGCUGAAGAAGCUAAAGCUGAAGAGGACGCAGUUGGCGAAGAAGAAAAAUAUCAAGAAAAAGAACCACCUGUAGAACCAACAGAGGCACCCUCAGUAACUGAAACGGAAGUAGCCGCAGAAGGGGCUGAGGAAGCUGAGGCUGAAGAGAAAGAAGCAGUACCUGAAGAAGCAGGUGAUGAGGAAGUGUUUCAUAUAAAACCACGUGUCAAGAAGUUAGCUAAUCAAUUCAACUUCUGUGAACGUGCUGCCCUCACAUAUGUCUACCCCCGCCGCUCUGUAGAAACGCAAACUGUCCCACCACCAAGAGCCAACUACGGUUCAACCGCUCUUCAAUGCAUUAUUUUCGACUACUACCAAGAGGACUAUGCCAAAAAAAUGCGUGAGAAAGAGGAAGAAAAACCAAAAAGGCUUCGCAAGAAAACGACGAAACACGCAAAAUCUGCGCAGCAAAUACACGACGAACAGCUCGCACAGCGCAUUCGUGAAGCCUGGGCUAUACUGGAACGCCUAGUCAAUCAAAAUAUUUACGACGACAUCGCGCAGGACUACCGUUAUUGGGACGACCCUUCGGAUGAGUUCCGCGAGGGAAUGGGUUCACUGCUGCCGCUGUGGCGGUUCCAGUUCGAACCGAUGCGAAGUCACGCCGUCUGCGACCUCCAAUGGAAUCCGCACUACCAAGACCUGUUUGCUGUAGCUUAUGGAUCACUGGACUUCACACAGCAGCAGAAGCAAGGUUGCCUGUGCUUAUAUAGCAUCAAAAAUCCAGCAUACCCCGAGUACUCAGUCAUAACUGAAUCUCCCAUUAUAUGUCUCGACGUAUACAAAGAGACACCGUACCUCAUAUGUGUAGGACGCUACGAUGGCAACGUAUGUGUGUAUAACGCACAAUUAACUUUGGAGUCGUCUUACCAGUACAAAUCGGAUUCCGUGCGGGACAAACAUAGCAACAUAGUGUGGGAAAUCCGCUGGGGGGCUCGCCUUAUUGACGGCGAGGCAUCGUUCUUCUCGGUGUCAGGCGACGGUCGCGUGGUGCAGUGGGCGGUGAUGCCGGGCGAGCUGCAAGCUACCACCAUCAUUGCAUUGCGCUCCACCGCGGCGCCCGUACCUGGCCCAGACGGCACGCUUAUCAACGUCAACAGCUGUGGCAGUUGUAUAUGCUUCCAUCCGGAAAAAUCAGACAUAUUCCUCGUGGGGACGGAGGACGGCGCAAUACACACGUGUUCACUGAAGUACAACCGGAGCUACGUGCGCUCGUGUCAAGCGCAUCACAUGCCCGUCUACCGUAUCAACUACAACUACUUUAACAACACGAUUUAUGCAUCUUGCUCCGGUGAUUGGCGAGUGAAAAUAUGGGAGGACGGACGAGACGAACCACUUUUCAUGUUCGAGCUGGGCUCACCAGUGGGCGACGUAAAAUGGGCACCGUACUCCAGCACUGUAUUUGCUGCCUGUACUGCAGAUGGAAAGGUGUAUGUUUACGAUCUCAACGUUAAUAAAUAUCGGCCCAUAUGUGUGCAAGCUGUAGUGUCUAAGAAAACAAAAAAACUGACGAGAAUUGAUUUUAAUAGAAAAUUACCAGUCAUUGUCUGCGGCGACACAAAGGGUACUUGUCAUGUAUUAAAAUUAUCGCCUAAUUUACGGGUGAUGUGUAAACCACCCAAAAAAGCCCAAGGAAUUGAUCAAAGGACUUUACAGAUUAUGAAAUUAGACAAACUUUUAAGUCUAGUUCGGGAUCCGCCUUUUACACCUGGAGUUGUUGAUGAAAAGUUCGAAGAAGACUAG